CUCAGACCAUGAUAGUCAAGGUUUUCUUUGUUCUCUCAACAAUUCUCCUUUCCUCCGCCUUUGCAGGCAGAAAAGGGGAGUUGGUGUCCCUCAUACAGGUUUAUAGACAUGGUCAAAGAAGUCCAAUUAUGUUCUACCCAAAUGAUCCAUAUCAAGACAUCAGUUAUUGGAAUGUUACGGUUGGGCAGCUAACUAACACUGGUAAAUUGCAACAUUACAAGCUGGGGCAGUACACGCGCAGGAGAUAUAGCGAUUUUAUACCGAAAUACUAUUCCAAUGAAUUUUUCCGUGUUCAAUCAACAGUUGUGAAUCGAACCUUCAUGUCAGCGGCAUCCAACGUUGCAGGACUUUUCCCACCUGUUGGUUACCAAGUGUGGAACCAAGAUCUUCAAUGGCAGCCGAUCCCAGUCUUUCCAAUCACCGAUGGUGUAUUGAUCGGUUCUACAACUUGCAACGCUUACAGCACGGCUUCCUCGGAAGUAUUAACCAGUGACGAAUACUUCGUGAGUGCUUUGGAGGAAAACCAAGACCUUUUGGCAUAUCUAAGUGAGCAUACAGGAAACAAUGUACCAGUUUAUCUGGCAUUUUUAUGAUAUGGGACGCCUUGAAAAUCGAACAUCUUCGAGGUUACACCUUACCCGAGUGGACCGAGUCAGUUUUUCCAGAACCACUUACGAGUCUGGCAUCACUGUCAUUUUUGGCCAACAGUUACACUGAAGAA